AUGCCUGGACCCAAGCAGACAAAGACCGAGGAUGAGAUUCCUCAGACUGAUGCUCAAUUCAUCACAGGCAAGCAUUCUUCUUCCUCGCAUUUUCUCACUACUGUCGCUAAGCAUUCCAAACAGGUUGACCUGAACCGAGUGGCCGCUGCGCUUGGCUACACCAACGUUGCCUCCACCGCGAACCGAUUCCGCGCCCUGCGCAAGCGUUACGGUUUUGAGCUCGAAGCCACCCAAACAAGUGGAAGCCCCACCAAGAUAGACACCGCGUUGGCCGGAGGCAAUGGCUCCCUGGAUGCUCAGAACGGGCAGGCCGCCCCUGAAGUCACUACCCCGACCAAACGCAAGGCGCCUGCCAAGAGGAACCCCCGAAAGAAAGCCAAGGCCAAUGCUGAGGAGGCUGCUGAGUUGAACACCUCCGACGAAGCUCAGGCUGGGUCUGAUGUCGAUGCCAAACCGAACAAAAAGGGUCGCAAGAAGGGCGCUGCUGCCCGUGCCAAGUCUGCUCCCAAGGUGGAAGUUGUGGUUGCGUCUGAGACCCCAGAUGAGGUCGAUCUUGCAAAUGAGGUCGUCUGAAUGUUUCUUGAAUGGUCUACGAUACUGGUACAUUGCCUUGAAAGAGGAUUUGCUUGCUUUGUCGCUAAUUGGAU